AUGAUAAGCGGAAUUCGCGUAAACGACACUUGCAUCACCGAGUUUAACAACAUGAAAAUCAGGAAGACGUGUCGAUGGAUCAUAUUCGUCAUAGAGAACUGCGAAAUAAUUAUUCACUCGAAAGGGGCUACCACCACCCUGACGGAGCUGGUCAAGUCAAUUGACCAAAAUGAUAAAAUCCAGUGCGCCUAUGUUGUAUUUGACGCAGUCAACAAGAUUCACUUCUUCAUGUACGCACGGGAAUCCUCCAACUCCAGGGACAGAAUGACUUACGCGUCGAGCAAACAAGCCCUACUCAAAAAAAUCGAAGGAGUGAACGUGUUCACAUCAGUUAUAGAAAGCGCCCAAGAUGUCGCCGAUUUUAAGUAA